AUGGUGACUUCAGCUUCCUCCUCCUCGCGAGGACACUGCGCCGGUGCCAAGAGCGCCGCCGCCCUGCUCCCGCUGGCGUGCGAGAUGGCCAAAGAGAGGCGCAACUACGUGCAUUAUGCUAUUUUGAGCAGAAAUGAGCAGCCGAUCAAAGCGAUGAUGCGCCUCAACGGUGUAGAUGACUCGUGCGGAAUCAUUUUCCAUGAUGCCCGACCUGACCGCGCCGCCGAGUCGGCCGACAUGCGCGCCGAAACCUCUGCGGAACGUGCAUUCUGUAAGCAAGACCCCAGUGUCUAUUCAGCUUGCCCGCGCCAGGCUCACUCACACUACAUGACUCUAGAUUAUCUCGAAUCAUACCUACAUCCCCAGGCGGUCAUAAUCGAUACUGCCGAUGACGAGGAGCCUACGUUCACAGAGGCUUUGCGGCAUUAUCGGAAAGGCAAUCUCAAAUACGCCCUCCUCGAGUACCGCUACUCAGCGGCGGCCAUUCGGCAGCACUGGGGCCAAAGACUCGUCGCCCCUAAGCCCCUGACCGAGUCCGAACUCUCAUCAAGCGACGGAACCCCAUUCCUCUGGCAGGCGCCCAGCAGCGGCGCCAUGCUCAUCCUGGGAGACAAGUGGAGAGAACUCCACAAUUUCGUGUCUCUCGGCCACGAGACGCGGGACGCCGCGCAGAAUCCGCCGCUGCUCUUGACGGAAAAGAGCGUGAGCAAAGCCUUCCCCGCCUGGCUGGAGGCCUUGCUGCAGCUCUCGCGCCUGAGGGGCUACUUCACUCUGUACCCAAGCGCCGAGACGGCAUCUACCCUCGCCGUGGUCCACGAAGAUCUUUUCCAUCUCCCGGAGGAAUACUCGGCGGACAAGGAUUCCGAGGCCCUGCGCGCAAGAUUAAAGAAUGGGUCGUCGCGGCGCAAAGAGGACCCCCUCAUCUCCCAUUCCUCACUAAAUGCCAUGCACACGCUGCCCCAGGGUAGCCUUCUCCUCCCAUUCCGCUCCCUGCCCUUCUUAGACUGGGAGGGCAACGCGAGGCCCCUCGCCGAAUUGGACGAGGACGCGAGCGAGUACGCGUACGAGUUCAAGCGAACGGCGGGCAAGUGUUCAGGCACGGACCUUGCAAAUGGUAAGCCGGAUAGUUCGACAAAGGACCUAUUUUGCUGGACGAAGUAG